AUGAGAUCAGAUGAAGAUAUAGACGGCACAUUUGCACCAAUUCAGGCUCCCCCCGCCGACGAAGAACGGAUGGAGAAGCUGCACUCCAGCAGCUCACGUCCCAUUGAACGCAGCUGGUCUUUGAAUGAUGGAUACAGCUGCCAUACAGUGGAUGAAGAAGCCGCAAGAAAUGCUCUUUGCAAUGACGGGGGCGAGGCAGAUGAAUCGUCUACUUUUGUUGUUAGCUGGGACGAGAAUGACCCGAUGAAUCCUCGGAACUUCAAUACCAUGAGGCGGUGGUUGAUUGUUAUCAUUUGCUCUCUGGGUUCUCUUUGUGUGACUUGCACCUCGUCAAUGUAUACCGCUACCUACGACCAGAUAACAGAAGAAUUCAACUGUUCUCGCUUGAUCGCAACGCUCGGGCUAUCGUUCUUUAUAUGGGGCCUUGGUAUCGGCCCGCUGUUUCUGGGGCCCCUAUCAGAGUUUUAUGGCCGAAGAUAUAUCUAUAUUACCUCAUUCACCAUAUUCUUGAUCUGGCUCAUCCCCUGUGCUGUGGCUAAGAAUAUUGAGACCAUGAUCGUAUGCCGCUUUUUUAAUGGUGUCGCUGGGAGCGCAUUCCUCAGCGUUGCAGGUGGUACGGUAGGAGAUUUAUUUGCUCGCCAUGAGCUGAGCGCGCCUAUGAUGCUGUAUACGGCUUCACCUUUUGUUGGACCUGAAGUAGGACCAUUAGUUGGUGGGUUCAUAAAUCAAUUCACCACAUGGCGCUGGACGUUCUACGUGCUUCUUAUUUGGACAGGCGUAAUGCUCAUUUCAAUCGUCCUCUUUGUCCCAGAAACUUAUCAUCCGGUCCUUCUGCGGCAAAAGGCGGAGAAACUUCGCAAAGAGACAGGGGAUGAUCGAUGGAAAGCACCGAUUGAACGAUUAAAUCGCUCGGUGGCACGAACAGUCCUACACUCGAUCUACAGGCCCGUGCUCCUCCUGACGCUGGAACCUAUGUGUUUGUGCCUCUGUAUAUUCUCUGCCAUCUUGCUGGGUAUAAUAUACCUUUUCUUUGGUGCCUUCCAGCUGGUAUUUGGCAACGUGUAUGGCUUUGAACUAUGGCAGCGCGGUCUUUGCUUCCUCGGCCUUUUUGUGGGAAUGGUUUUGGCUAUUUUAUCCGAUCCCUUCUGGCGCCGCGUCUACCAACGCUUAGAAGAGAAGCACAAAAGGACAGAGGGAACAACAGAAGACUUUCAACCAGAGUGGCGACUACCCCCAGCAAUUCUCGGUGGUCCCCUUGUUACUAUAGGGUUAUUCAUAUUUGCUUGGACUAUUUAUCCUUAUGUGCAUUGGAUUGUACCCAUAAUUGGCAGUGCGUUUUUUGGAGCCGGGUGA